CAUUAUCCCAACUAGUGCCCGCUAAUAAGAAAGUCGAGGAAAAAAAAAUACUGGUAACAGAAUCCUCUUCUUCUUCUUCAGUGAGUCAAUUUUGAAACCCUAAAUCCCAACUCCAACCAUCAAUUUCUCCCAUUCUACAAUACAUCUGUAUAAGCAGUCGAAAGUGAUUUACAUGUUAUACGAGUAGACGGAUCUGCUCAUGUUUAACAAGUGGAACAUUUGUUCACCUGUAUGCAUCUCUUUCAGGAUUAGUUUUUAGUUUAUUCAUGGGUACCCCAUCCGGGAAAAAUAUAAGUAUGACAGGAUCAAGUGACCAGGAUGGGAGUACUGUUAAUGAUGCCCCUUUGUGGAGACAUGUGGUGAAGUUAGAUAAAUCUCCUGGUGGAGGAGGGAAUAGAUCUUUCAGAUGCAACUUCUGCAAUAUUGUAUAUAAUGGGUCAUACUCGAGAGUGAAGGCGCAUUUACUUAAGGUUAAAGGGCAAGGGAUCAGAAUCUGUCCAAAAGUUGAUUAUGAGUCGCUUAAAAGUUUGCACAAGGAGCACGCAAGCUCAGAUCAAAAGAAACUUGUCUCUACAAGCACUUCCAGUAUAUAUGAAUCUCCGUUGCCUAUAUCAAGUCAUUUUAUGCAAGUGAAAAAGAGAAAGACGGAAGAUGAAGAAAUUUCUCCUACGAUAUUUGAUUCUGCCGGUAGAGAUGAAUUAGAUAAGAAAGCUGCUAAGUUGUUCUACUCUAGUGCCCUGCCAUUUAACUUAGCCAGAUCACCUUAUUGGAGAGACUUUGUUGCAUCUGUUGCUAACAGCAAUUGCAAAGGCUAUUCCCCUCCAAGUUACGAUCAAUUGCGGUUUAAUCUACUGAAAGAUGAAAAGACACGCAUAGAAAGAAUGCUCGACAAGGUAAAAUCAUCUUGGGACCAGACAGGGGUUUCUAUUUUGUGUGAUGGCUGGACAGAUCGAAAUCAGGGAUCCCUUGUUAAUUUUAUGGCAGUAUCUUCGAAUGGGCAGUUCUUUUUGAAGGCCGUCGAUGCUUCCGGAAAGGGGGAGGACUCAAAGUUUUUGUCUCAGCUCUUAGCGGAGGUGAUAAAUCAGGUUGGUCCUAGUAGAGUUGUUCAGAUUAUAACCGACAAUGCCUCUGUUUGUAAAGCAGCAUCUUUAAGUCUAGAGGCAAUGUAUCCUCAUGUUUUUUGGACUCCUUGUGUAGUUCAUACUCUGAAUCUUGGACUUAAAAAUAUAUGUAACCCUGAAUACAGCAUAGGAAACACCAAAAGAUAUGAAGUGCUUAAGUGGAUCCCUGAUAUUGAGAGCGAUCUUGAGAAUAUUCGAGAUUUUAUAGUUAGCAACGAAUAUUCUUCAUCAUUUUACAACAAGUAUGGUCAGCUGAGGUUGUUAAAGGUUCCUGAAACAAGGUUUGCUACAACAAUUGUGUUAGCGAAGAGGGUUAAGGAGGUCAAGGAUGCCUUAAUGAAAUUGGUAUAUGAUAUUGAUUGGGAAAUUUACAGUACUAGCGACAAGGAAAAAGCUCAAAUUUUCUCUACUAGGAUAAAAGACGACUCAUGGUGGGGAAAAGUCGAUUAUCUUAUAGAGUUUACAGAACCAAUAGUUAAUAUGAUGGUGAUUGCAGAUACAAAUGAAGCCAUUCUACACAGAGUUUGGGAAAUGUGGGGACUUAUGUUGGAACAAAUACAAUCCAUAAUUUUCAGGAAUGAGAAAAAGGAUACUCUUGUUGAUAACUCUGACUUUUGUAACACAGUUCAGUCUGUUUUGGUUGAGAGAUGGGAUAAAAAUGAUACCGCUUUGCUAUGCUUGGCGUACUCACUUAACCCAAAAUAUUACAGCCAUGCAUGGCUUAAAGGUGAGUGGGGCACACGUCAAUGCUUAGCACCCCAUCAGGAUCCAGAAAUAGCUGAUAAGAGGAUACUUUGUUUCAGGCGACUUUAUGAUAAUCCUUACCUACUGAGACAAAUCCAGAAUGAAUAUGGAAAAUUUGCGACGGGAUCUGCACCUUUUGAUCAGAUGGAAGCUUUGCAAUUAAGAGAUGAUAUUGAUCCAAUAUCAUGGUGGGCUAACUUUGGAUCUGGUACACCUCUCCUACAAUCCCUUGCAUUAAGGCUUCUUUCACAGCCAGCUUCAUCCUCAUGCUGCGGAAGAAAUUGGAAGACAUACUCAAUGAUUUACGAUAUUAAGAGUAAAUCUGCUUCAGCUCGGUCUGAAGAUCUAGUGUAUGUUCACUCAAACCUGAGGCUCAUGUCCCAUAGGACAGAAGAUUAUACCAAAGGACCGACGAAGUUUUGGGACAUAGUGGGGGAGGACAGUGAUCUAGAAGGGCAGCCAGAACUUGAUUUGGCCAAUUUGUCUCUAGAUGACCCGGUUCUGGAGCCAAUGAUGUUUGAUGAGGAAGAAGAUAAUGGGAUGGAAAUGUUGAAUCCAAUUGGGACAUCGGGUUCAUUUGUUGCAGGAGAUGAAGAAACAGAUUAAUGAUGGACGCUUAGAAAUUUGAACAUCUAAAUACAUAUGUUUUUCCAGCUUGCAAUAUACUUAUAUGAUUUUUGUACUAUGCUGCAACAAGCGCUGUUACUAACUGUAUAAAAAUGACCACGAUGAAAGAUCUGCAAGGGUUUAAUAAUUUAUACAAGAUCAUCCUCAGGGUUUGAAG